CUGGCCGGGCUUCCCCCUCUGACCUGCCCCAGCUGCACCCACACAGUUCCCUGCUCUGCCCUGCUGCUUCUCUCCCCGAAAUUACACAACACUGAAGGUCGUGGGGUUCUGAGCGUUCCCAAGAGCAGCUGGGGUUGUUGAUCUGCUGCUCUUGAGCCUGAUGAUGUGUCCAGGAUGCUGGGGUUUUUUCCAGAAAUGAUUUUUCCACUCCUCUGGCUCAAACUGCAGGGGGUUUGUCCAAAAUCAGGGGUUUAUUUACUAUUUUUUUUAUUAUUUUUUUCUUUUUCCUCUGCUGUCAAUUUGUGGUUGCCAGACCAGGGGCUGGAGAAGAAAGGAGCUAAAUGAGAUCAUUGUUCGUUGCUUUGCUCUGACACUGGUGGGACUUGAGCAGUGCCUGGGGCUUCCACAGGGCUGGGAUUUUCAUUGCUCUUCCAUCCCUGCCUUCCCUCCAGAGCUGGACCUGGGGGAGCUGUGUCCUCAGAGCACACCAGGUUAUAUUUCCUCUUUGGUGCAGCACAAACUGCUCAGUGCCAGUUCAAACUGGGACUCGGUGUUUCUUGGGCAGAGCAGGGGUGACCCUUUCCUUUCUUGCAGUUUGAAAGAAGGGAAUGAAAACGCUUCUUUUUCUGUGCUCAGGCAUAAAAUGUAUUGCAAAAAAAAAAUAAUGAGGGGGCUCAGCAAGCCUGAAUGUUGGGUCUGAUCGGAAGGGAGAGAUGUUGCCAGUUGUUAAACACGGCCUGAGAACAAAGUGGGUGGGUUUAUUUCAAGGUCAGCACAAAGAUAGAGAGAAAUUUCUCUUCCCUUUUGAUUGCUGGAAAAGUUGGGCUUGGAAACACAAGGCAGGAAGCCUGGGUAGUGUUUUAACCCUUGCACUGCCAGUCCUUUCAGUGUUGAUGCAGCUGGAUAAAACAUUGUGUGGUGUUUUGGGGGGGUGGUGUCAGAAUUUCCUCAUGCCACGUGUUAGGUGACAAAUCACCAGGUGACACAGGAAAGCGUCUGACCACAGAUUUUAUCUGUGUGGUUUGGAGAGCAGAUUCUUCUCUGAACAAAUACCAAAAGUAGGAAAUGAGGGACAUUCAGGAGUCUUUGUGAGGGCUCAUUAAAACUCAUUAAAACUUAGUUAGUGCUCAGAAAAUGCUUUUUAUUCCUCCUAUCCCAGCACAUCCUUGAUUUGCCUUUAUAGAUACCCGAAUAUAAGAAGCAGCACAGCCAAAUUCUCCAUCCCAGCGAUUUCCAGAGACAGAGGGGUUAAAAACUAUAAUCCCCACCCAUUCAGAGGAGCUCAGCUGGCUCUGGACCUCCAGUGUGGAUGCAACACCAAGUUCCCUGUGCUGUGCAAACUGAUGGAAUUCUGGCCAGCUGUGCUCGUUCCCUGGGGCAAAGGCUGCUGACAGUGUGCAGAAUUGGGCCCAGCAGUGCUGGUGUAACCCCAUGUCCCCAGCAGCACAUUCUCCUGUGCCACUGCAAAGACAAAACCGGGUCCCCACAGCAGCACUGAUGUCCUUAGGGGAGAGAAAUUUGGCAGGAGAGCUGAAUGGGCUGCAGGGAGGAAGGCACUGAAAUGAUUUAUUUCCCUGGGAACUGGUUUCCUCCACUCGACGUGGAAACAUUGCUGGGCUGGGAGCUGGACCACACAGGCUUGUAAAUCCCUGCUGGAAUAAACCCCAGCCAGGGGGGCUGAGCUGCUCUCACCCCCCAGAUGACAGCCUCUGUGAGGACAGGGUGAGGAGGGAAGAAGUUGGAUGAUUUCCCUGCUCCUCUUUGGAAAUGCCUUUGGUAGGGACGGGCAGCCCCGGGAUUUUGAGAGCUGGGAACGCUGAUUUUGUGCUGCCAUGAGGAGCUGCUGUGGCCUUGCUGCAGGGCUGGUUGUUCCCUGGAGUGUUUGUCACCCAAUGCCAAAGCCCAGCUGUCACUGCUCCCACUCAGGGCUGAGGAUUCCCCACGCCCCCGGCCUGAGUUCAUCCGGAGAGUCCCCGCUCUGCUCUGCUCUGCUGGGACUUGUUCCCUGCUGGGAAAUUCUGCAGGAAGCCAGAGGUAAAGGUGCUGUUUGCUGCCUUGGCUGGGAACCCACCUUGGCGCUGAUCCACUGCUUUUCCUGCCGGGAAGGAGGUGAGGAGGCCGGGCAGGGGAAGGUGCUCUCCGAGGGGGAGAAGUUUUGGUGCCUCUUGCCCUGUGGAAUCUUUUCUAAGCAGCAUGGUUUGGUUCCUGCUCCACAUGGGGUUGCUGGAGAGCUGGGUCAAAGCCAAGCAAGGAUUUGGGGCAGAGCAGGGAAGAGAAGAAUCUGAUUUUGCUCAGGAUAGAGUGGUCACUGCAAGGUCCACUUUGGCUUUGCUCGGAGGUAAAGGUGGAAUUUCUCCCCUCAGGACAACUAGUGCUACAGGAGCCAGAUCCUUGAAAAAACAGCUUUUUAAAAUCUAUUUCAGUGCUGGCAACCUAGCCCAUUCCUGCCUGUCUCAGUGCAUCUCCCUUGGUGUCAACAAAUGCUCUGGAAAUCCCUGGCACCUGGAGUUUGGGCACAGGGAGUUGUGAAUUCCUUGUCUGCAUCAGCCCUGAGGAGGAAAGAGCCGGCUGGCUGAAGGCUAAUUCUUAAACAGACGGAUCAGGAGGAUUAAUCAGCUGCUCAGCACGUUCUCAUUUUACAAAAAUUGCCUCCAACCUGGGAAGUGCUGCACUGUUUUUAAUCUCCUCUUGCCUGUGGAGGAGAUUUCGGCCUGAAUGCAAAACGUGGCUAUCCCUGCUUGCUUUUCCCAGACUGUUCAGAGGGAAUUAGAAUUAAAUCUGCAGCUGAGGAAUAUGCCAGAGUCAGCUCCUGGUUUUAGUCUGCUCAUCCAUGGGCCCUGCAUGCUGUGGGAGCUCCCAGCUGGAAGCUGGAAGGCAGCUGGACCAAAUGUGGAUGGGGAAUGUGUGUUGUACCAGUGGUGCCAGUGCCUCGGUGGGACAUCUCCCCAUUAAAUCUCUCUCUCAAAAAAAAAGGCACCAGGGAUUCUGCUGCAGGCUUUGGGGUGGCACUGGAGCUGGGACCACACUCCUGUGCUCAGGCAGCACAAGAGGUGAAGAUUUUCCGUGCCUUAAUCCUCGGGGAGCUGGAGAGGGGCCAGAGCCAGUUCCAGGCUCUCUGCUUUGUGACCCGGCUGCACCGCAACGAGAUCAUCCCCAGCGAGUCCAUGGCAAAGCUGCGGCAGAAAAACCCCCGGACAGUGAGGCAGGCAGAGGAGGUGCGAGGUUUGGAACAUCUCAGCAUGGACGUGGCUGUGAACUUCAGCAAGGCAGCCCAGCUGAGCUCCCACAUCCACAACGUGUGUGCAGAGGCCAGGGAGGCCAUUUACACCCGCGAGGAGGAUGUCAAGUUCUGGCUGGAGAAAGGGGUGGACGGCUCCAUGUUCGAGGUGCUGCCGCAAGGCUCGGACCUGCCGGAGCUGCAGCGCUGCCGGCUGUGCCUGGACCGCUGGAAGCCCUGCAUCUGCAGCUACUCACUGAGCAUCGAGUGGUACCCCUGCAUGCUCAAGUACUGCAGGAGCCGCGACGCCGGCGGCAAGGUGUCCUCCUACAAGUGCGGCAUCCGCAGCUGCCAGAAGGGCUACACCUUCGACUACUACGUGCCUCAAAAGCAGCUCUGCCUCUGGGAUGAGGAAACCUAGAGCCAGGCCAGACUUCCCAGGGGUGGCUCCUCUGCCCCGGCAGGGGGCUGGCUGCUCCGAAGAAGGAAUGCUGUUCACAGUGGUGCCUUGUGCUCUGUGUGUGUGCCUUUCCUCCUGUGACGCUGCCCCGUGCUGUGACAAGCAGGCUCAGCUGGCUGGGUGAUGAUGCUCUGGCUCCCUGGAGCAGGAGAUGCAGGUUUUGGGGUGAAGCACAGGGAAAGGGGCGUGCUGCCCUGCUCUGGAGCUCAAAGGGGCACUUUCCAGCCUCGAGCUGAGCGGGCAGGGCAAGGAUCUUGCUGACCUGGGUUGCCAAGCAUGUCUGCCACUGAAGAACCCCCUUUGCUGCCUUCACCACCUCCUGGUGACACAACCACGGGGAAACAGCUGAAUUUUGGGACCACACCCCCUGAACAAGGAAGGUUUGAAGCCCACCCAAAGCAAGAGCCUGCCUGUAGCUUUUCCUAGUGCCUGACUGGCUGAUAUAUCCCCCCGUGGAUGGAAGAUACACUGGGGGAUAUAGCCCAGCAUCCUGUGCCCCUAAAGGGCUGGUAAUUAGGGCUUGAAUUAAUCCCUAUCUAGACUAGUGAAGGCCCAACUUUUUGUGUUGGUCUUGUGACUGUUCCUCUAAGAAAGAAACAUCUAGAGACUCGUGACUACCAGCCUGACCCUGUGGUUGCAGGGGGAGAGGAGGAUGCCAGGUGGGUUUUGAAGAAGACAGGAUUCUACAUCCACGUCCAGUUUUACGUCCUGCUCUGCCAGCUAUUCACAAGAAGCUCUUAAAUAACUGCUUUGCUGUGCCUUGGUUCCCCCCAUAUGUUAAACAAGGAUGACACUGAAGUUGUCCUUGGCUCUGGAAUAUUCCUGGAGGGAUCAGACAAAAAGCGCUGGAAGUGCUGCUUGGUCCUGUGUCCUCUUCCACUCAAAUUAGGACAAGCACAGAGGGGAGAGAAGCUCUUGGGGUCUUUAGGAACCUCCUGUGCCUCCUGGUGAAAAGCCUUCACAAUGUGCCUUUUUGCCUAAAAUACAGGAAUUUUUGUGAAAGAGGAAAAAAAAAUAAUUUGGUCACAAUUAUUUUUGUAUCAAUCACUUAAGGGGGUGGGGGGAGAAGGGAAAGGUAUUUUAAUAUUGGAACAUGAAGUAAAACACACUUGAAAUGAAUUUUUUUUAAACAAAUUAUUUAUCAUUUGUAAGGUAAAAUAAACUGAUUUUUUAAAGCA